UUGUCUCCUUUCUUUUUUUUUAAAAAGAAAAAAAAAAAAAGGAAAGAAAGAAGAGAAAAGAGCACCAAAAAAAGGAAAAAAAAAGAAAGAAAAUGACUGAUAGAUUGGGAGGUAUCAAGACCUGCGACGACACUUGCGGUUGUCCUUCUCCUUGCCCCGGCGGCUUGGCUUGCAGGUGCACCAGCAGCGAUGUGACAGCGAGUGGAGAAGAGCACAGGAAGUGUUCGUGCGGUGAGCACUGUGGGUGCAACCCAUGCACAUGUUCAAAGAGUGCUACGACUGCUGGUGUUGGAAAAGCCCAUUGCAAGUGUGGUAGUGGCUGCACCUGUGUUACCUGCGGAGCCUGAGCCUAAGCCUUAAUGAUCAUAAUCAUGACCAUAAUAAUGACCAUGAAAUAAUUGAAGUAGAAUACAUAUGUUCUAGUACUAGUACAACAAAACAACUACUACUAGUAGCUAGUGAAAGAAGAAAUCUUUGUUUUUCGUUGAUCGUUUGAGUUAAUUACAUAUGUACGUAGUAGUUCUGUAAAAACCAAAGUGUGGUUUUUGCUUUCUUUGAUAUCCUAGUAAAUAAAUGACACAUGGGCUUUUUUUUUUU